GUAAAAAUAGUGAUCAUGUUUCAUUUGCUGUAUCUGCUACAGGCCAUUGGCACUGACAGAAUGUUUUUCCUUAUUGAUUUGCAGAUUGAGAGAAUCCAGAAUCCAAGUCUCUGGCAGUACUACCAGACAAAGAAAAAAACCAUGGAUGACAAGAAUGGCCAUACACAAAAUGAGAAGCUGCUCUUCCAUGGGACAGAUGCUGACUCCUUGCCACAUGUCAAUCAACAUGGCUUUAACCGCAGUUAUGCAGGAAAGAAUGCUGUGGCAUUCGGAAAGGGAACCUACUUUGCUGUCAGUGCCAGUUAUUCUGCCCAUGAUACUUACUCCAGACCAGACGCAAAUGGGAAAAAGCAUAUGUAUUAUGUGCGUGUGCUCACUGGAUUGUACGCACCUGGAAAUCAUUCAUUACUUGUACCUCCUCCAAAGAAUCCUCAAAAUCCUCUUGACCUGUAUGAUACUGUCACAGAUAAUGUGAGCACUCCAAGUUUAUUUGUGGUAUUUUAUGACUACCAGGCUUACCCAGAAUACCUCAUUACUUUUAAAAAAUAACAUUUUGGUAUCCUUCACAGAAGACAUUAUUUAUCUACACAAGUAAUUUUCAACAUUUUUCAACUCAUGGCACACAUAAACUAAUUACUAAAAUUCUGUGACACACCAAAAAAUAUAUUUUUUGCCGAUCUGACA